AGCGCUGCGGCAUGGCGCGCGGCUGCCUCCAGUGCGUUAAGUACCUCAUGUUCGCCUUCAACCUGCUCUUCUGGCUGGGGGGCUGCGGUGUCCUCGGUGUUGGCAUCUGGCUGGCCGCCACGCAGGGGAACUUUGCCACCCUGUCCUCCUCUUUCCCGUCCCUGUCGGCCGCCAACCUGCUGAUGGUGACGGGCUCACUGGUCAUGGCCAUCGGCUUUGUGGGCUGCAUUGGGGCCAUCAAGGAGCACAAAUGUCUGCUGCUGGCUUUCUUCGUGAUGCUACUGUUCGUGUUCUUGCUGGAGACCAUCAUUGUCAUCCUCUUCUUCGUCUACACUGACAAGAUUGACAGGUAUGCCCAGCGGGACCUGAAGAAGGGGCUGCACCUAUAUGGUACACAAGGCAACGUGGGCCUCACCAACGCCUGGAGCAUCAUCCAGACCGAUUUCCGUUGCUGUGGCGUCUCCAACUACACGGACUGGUUUGAGGUCUACAAUGCCACACGAGUGCCUGACUCUUGCUGCCUGGAAUUCAGUGAUAGCUGCGGCCUGCAUGCACCAGGCACCUGGUGGAAGGCGCCCUGCUAUGACACGGUGAAGCUAUGGCUGCAGCAGAACCUGUUGGCUGUGGGGAUCUUCGGGCUGUGCACAGCUCUGGUGCAGAUCCUGGGCCUGACCUUCGCCAUGACCAUGUACUGCCAGGUGGUGAAGGCCGACACCUACUGUGCGUAGCCCCGCCCCCGCCACUCUGCCAAA